GCUGCCGGCGCCGCUCCUCCUCCGUGUCAGUUGUUGGGCUGUAAUGGCGACUGGGCCGCCGCUGCCGAAGUGACUCCCGGGCGGGGGAGUGGGGCCAGACCUGCGCCAGAGGGAACUGCAGAGAGCCGCCGCUGAGGGUCUGGCUUGCUGUGGGGGAGGAGAGGCAGCCUUUCCGCCUCUCCCUUCUUUGCAGACCCGCGGCUCCCGGGAGCCGGUGCGAAGCGGGCACCCGGGGCGUCCCCGGAGCGGGGAGGCCAGGCCGGGCAGCCCUGGGGCCGGUAGGGGCGGCGUCACUGCACCCUCCGCCAGGCCCCGCGGGAUGCACCGUGGGAGCCGAGGGCGGAGGCGACACUCUCAGAAUUGGAUUCUGAGACUUCCCCAUGAGACCAGCAUCAUUCAGCAAACAGGUGUGGAGCACCUAGUGUGCGCUGUGUGCUGUGCGUGGACUGGAUUGGGGAUGGAAAAGGUGUAAAACGUCGUCCCCACAGGCCCAUGUAAAUUGGCAGGAUGAGGAGCAGCAAAUCAAAAGAGGUGCCUUUACCAAAUCCAAGGAAUUCUCAAAGCAAGGAUACUGUUCAAGCAGAUAUAACCACAUCGUGGGAUGCACUUUCUCAGACCAAGGCUGCUCUGAGACACAUUGAAAACAAAUUAGAAGUAGCCCCUACAAGUACAGCUGUGUUUGAUUCUGUCAUGGAUACCAAGAGAUCUGCAAGUGCUACCCGAAAAAUAAGUAGGAAAGAUGGUAGAUACCUGGAUGAUUCUUGGCUCAAUGCUCCAAACUCCAAAUCUUCUAAAUCACGAAAAGAGAAAUCUCGUAGUCCUCUCAGAGCCACCACCCUGGAGAGUAAUGUAAAGAAAAAUAAUCGUGUGGAAUUUCGUGAACCUUUGGCUUCUUACCGGGAAAUUCAUGGCACACCUUCCAAUAUAAGUCCCAGCCCUUUAGAGUCAAAGCAUGUAUAUUGUGUGGAUGUUAAUGAAGAAAAGCCUGAGAAUGGGAACCGGAUGAUAAACAAUCGAGAAGAACGGAAUGUGUGUUGCUGUGAUUUUGAGAGUUCCCAAUCAUCCGUCAUCAAUGAUACUGUGGUUAGGUUUUUAAAUGAUGGACCAGCAAUUGAUGCAUUGCAAAAUUCUGAAUGUUUGAUGAAGAUGGUAGCUCCUAUGAGAACUGAGGAGGAAAAGCCUAAUAGAACAAAAGGAAAUGAGAACAAUUUGAAGGCUUCUGUCAGUAACAUGGGCCAUGAUGCUGAUCCAAAAGUGUUACGGCUAACUGACUCUUCUCCCUCUUCUACUAGUCCUUGUAAUUCCCAAAGAUUAGAUCUCUUAAAACGGCGACAGCAUGACAUCAAACUGGAAAAACUCAAGGAGCGGAUUAGGAAACAGUGGGAACACUCAGAAGAAACAAAUGGCCGGGGCCAGAAUCUGGGUCAUGUCGACCACCCAGUAAUGGUUGUUAAUGUUGAUAACUCAGUGACCGCAAAAGUCAGGAAAGUGGCGGCAGCACCACCUGCUCCAGCGUAUAAAGGCUUCAAUCCUUCAGAGACCAAGAUCCGAACACCUGAUGGCAAAGUGUGGCAGGAGGCUGAGUUUCAAAACAUGAGUAGAGAACUGUAUCGAGACUUAGCGCUUCACUUUGCAGAUGAUAUCUCUGUGAAAGAGAAACCUGCUGAGAAAAGUAAAGAGAAGAAAGUGGUCAAGCCAGUACGAAAAGUCCAAAAGGUAGCCCAGUUGUCAAGUCCAGAAUGCAAAACAGGUGGUAGUCGUCUGAUAAGUACAUCAUCUUGGCGAGAUGGACAAAAAUUAGUAAAGAAGAUUCUGGGACCUGCACCCAAAAUGGAUCAAAAAGAAAGAAGAACAGCAUCAAGUGACAGAAGUGGAAGAGAAAGAACUGCUAAAUCUGGCGGUCAUAUUGGAAGAGCAGAAUCUGAUCCCAGGUUGGAUGUUUCACAUAGACAUCUUCUGCAAAACUCAGAACGUUCCAGAAGUAGAGCUCGGUCUGAAAAUAAUAUAAAGAAAUUAGUUCCAUCUCUUCCAGAUAAUAAACAGGAGGAAAAUACUGCCUUAAAUAAGGAUUUUUUACCUAUUGAAAUUCGUGGAAUUCUUGAUGACCUACAGCUGGAUUCUACAGCUCAGGCUACAAGGCAAGAGACAGGAGAAUUACAGAAUCAGAAGUCAUCAGCGCCAGUCCAGGCUCCUCGCAGUCACAGCCCAAUCAAAAGAAAACCUGACAAAAUAACAGCUAACGAAGAGCCCCCUGUCAUUUCUAAAAAGCGCCACUAUGACACAGAUGAGGUACGACAGUACAUUGUUAGACAGCAGGAGGAAAGGAAGAGGAAGCAAAAUGAAGAGAAGAAGGCUCAAAAGGAGGCCACUGAACAGAAGAACAAACGGUUACAGGAGCUCUACCGGAAACAGAAAGAAGCCUUUACUAAAGUAAAAAAUGUGCCUCCUGCUGAACCAUCAGCAACUAGGCGGCUGCAGGAAACUUACUCCAAAUUGCUACUAGAAAAGACCUUGCUUGAGGAGCCAACUCAGCAGCAUGUCAUUCAGGAAGCACAGACCAGACCAGGGUAUCAGCCAUCUGGAGAAUCUGAUAAAGAAAACAAAGUGCAGGAACGUCCCCCAAGUGCUUCUUCCAGCAGUGACAUGUCUCUGUCAGAACCUCCACAGCCUCUUGCAAGAAGGGAUCUGAUGGAACCUACGUGGAUACAGCCUGACAGAUUGAGCCCACGAGUCCACCAUUCUCAACCACAGCCUCUUGUGGGAACAGCUGGAAAUUUACUCUCCCAUCUCUUGAAUCUGGAGCAUGUAGGAAUUUUGCAUAAAGAUUUUGAAUCUAUUUUACCAACCAGGAAGAAUCAUAAAGUGGCAUCAGGGCCAUUAACUUUUACACCUCAACCAUAUGUGACCUCACCAGCUGCUCAUCCAGAUGCCUUGUUAAAACCUAGUGCCAGCCAAUAUAAGAGUAAACUGGAUCGUAUUGAAGCCUUGAAAGCAACAGCUGCUUCUUUGUCCAGCCGGAUUGAAAGUGAAGCCAAGAAAUUAGCUGGGGCUAACAUUAAUUAUGGGUCAGUGUGGAACACUGAGUAUGACGUGCAGCCAACACCCCAACAAGAUGGACCUUGGACUAAGGCUCUAAGUCCACCUGUGAAAGAGGAUGCGGAAGAUGUUUUCUCUGCCCGAAUUCAAAAGAUGCUGGGAACCUGUGUAUCUCAUGCAACUUUUGAUGAGGAGCUUCCUGGGGUAGGCAAUCUUAGUGAAUUUAAAAAGCUUCCUGAGAUGAUAAGACCUCAUAGUGCCAUAUCAAGCCUCAGAAUGAGAUCCCCUGGUCCCAAACCAGAAGGGCUGCUGGCACAGUUGUGUAAGAGGCACACUGACUCUUCUAGCUCUGAUCUGCAAGCUUGUUCUCAAGAUAAAGCCAAAAUGUCCCUUGGUUCCAGCACAGAUUCAGUCAGUGAGGGGCCUCUUCUUAGUGAGGGGAGUCUCUCUGAAGAAGAGGGCGAACAAAAUGGACGGGCCCCUUUGAAGGUAGCAGAAAUCUUAAAAGAAAAGGAAUUUUGUGUCGGAGAAAGAAAUGCUUAUGAACCCAUCAAAGAAUUUCAGAAGGAAGCUGAAAAAUUCUUGCCACUUUUGGGGCACAUAGGUGGUACACAGAGCAAAGGACCAUGGGAAGAAUUGGCAAAAGGAAGUCCACAUAGUGUCAUUAAUAUUUUUACAAAAUCGUAUCAGUUAUAUGGAAAAGGUGAGAAAAGGUUUGAAGACAGAUUGGAAAGAGGAACGUCAGCAUCACGGCCUUUGAAUGGCAUCCCAACCCCCCUAAGCAGUGUUUCAUACGAGGAUGACUUUGUCUCCUCUUCAGGGAGUGGGACUUUGACAGAAAAAAAAUCAGCUCUUGAACCUAGUAUUGGUGGUAGCAACUUAGGCAUUCAGGAGGACCAUUCUAGCAGAAGGCCUGCCUAUGAUCUUUCCUCUGUGGAUGUGACCUCCCAGCAUUCAUCAGGGUCGCACUCUGCUGCAUCCUCUCGUUCAUCUGCUUCUUCUAAAGGAAAGAAAGGAAAAAAGGAAAAGACAGAAUGGCUGGAUUCACUCACUGGAAAUGUUCAGAACUCAGUUCUUGAUGAGGAAAAAGUGCACUCUGGCUCAGAACGUGGCUCUCAGCAAGGAAAGAAAUCGGGGGCCAGUAGCAAACUUUCUGUCAAAGAUUAUGAGCAGACGCUUGACACUGAUGGCACUUUGGAAGAUCUUUCUGGGCAUUCUGUGAGCAUCUCAUCAGACAAGGGAAGAUCUCAGAAAACUCCACCUUCUCCCCUGUCUCCAAGUUCCCAGAAAUUGUUGCAGUUUGACCUUCCAGGAACUUCAUUAGAAAGAUCUAAGUCAUCGGUGAUAAUGCCUCCAACUACAAUAGGAUUGAAGGCGAAUGCUGCUUUUCCUGAUACAAACACGGCUGCCAGCAGAACCCCUACAGAGAUGACUUCAACACCAGGUUCUAAACGUUUUUCUCCCGCUGGCCUCCAGCAUCGUAUGGCAGCUGAACUCAGUUACUUGAGUGCCAUUGAGGAGUCUGUGCGCCAACUAUCAGAUGUAGAAAGAGUUAGGGGCAUUUCCCUUGCUCAGCAAGAGAGUGUGUCCCUGGCUCAGCUCAUAAAGGCACAGCAACAACGCCAUGAGAGAGACUUGGCCUUGUUGAAAGUGAAGGCCGAACAAGAGGCUCUGGAGUGUCAGAGACAAUUAGAAGAAACUCGAAACAAAGCUGCUCAGGCCCAUGCAGAAUCAUUACAGCAGGUGGUGAAAUCACAACAGGAUGUCACUGACGUCCUGCAGGAAGCAACUUGUAAAAUCGCUGCCCAGCAAACAGAGACUGCUCGCCUCACCACAGACGCAGCACGCCAAAUCUGUGAGAUGGCAGAGUUGACUCGAACUCGUAUCUCAGAUGCCAUCACUGCUUCAGGAGCUCCCCUAGCAACGCUAUACGACCACCAGCGGCAACAUGCACCAGACUUCGGAAAACAGCAGAGGACCAGGGCUGAAGCAGAUAGGAAAAGUCAAUCUGUUUCACUCUCUCACAGUAAAGAAGGGACCCUUGACUCAAAGCAUCAGAAGUAUUCUCCUUCAUGUGAUAGUUAUUCUGAAUCUUCAAGAUACAAGAAUCACAGUAGAAGAAGUAGUAGUGGUAGCAGCCGUCAAGAAAGUCCUUCAGUUCCAUCUUCUAAGGAAAAUGAGAAGAAACUUCAUGGUGAAAAGAUGGAGAGUUCUAUUGAUGAACAGGCCCCGACUGCUGUGGAUGACUCUCUACGAAGCGACAGUGUACCUUCUCUUCCUGAUGAGAAAGAUUCAACUUCUGUUGCAACAGAGUAUUCCCUGAAAUUUGAUGAAUCCAUGACAGAAGAUGAAAUAGAAGAAAAAUCAUUUAGAUCUUUACUACCUUCUGAGAGUCAUCGCAGAUUUAACAUGGAAAAGAAGAGAGGCCAUCAUGAUGACUCUGACGAAGAAACUUCCCCAGAAAAGACUACACUGUCUUCUGCCAAGGAGCUGAGCAUGCCGUUCUCAGGAGGACAAGAUAGCUUUUCUAAAUUUACUAUGGAGAUGGUUCGACAGUAUAUGAAAGAAGAAGAAAUGAGGGCAGCUCACCAGUCCUCACUCCUUCGUCUCCGUGAAAAGGCCUUGAAGGAGAAAACUAAGGCUGAAUUAGCCUGGCUAGAGCAUCAGAAAAAACAUCUACGAGACAAAGGAGAAGAUGAUAAAAUGCCCCCACUCCGGAAGAAACAGCGUGGUUUGCUGUUAAGGUUGCAGCAAGAAAAGGCAGAAAUUAAACGUCUUCAAGAAGCCAGUAAAGCAGCUCGGAAGGAAAGACAACUGAUUCUUAAGCAGCAAGAGGAGAUAGAAAGGAUUCGACAGACCACCAUAAAACUACAGGAGAAGUUAAAGUCUGCAGGGGAGAAUAAAUUGGACUCUCGUAGUGACGAUGAUGCAAAGGAUAAUAAGGCCGUCAGUCCUGGUCCAACUGACUUGGAGACCCGCAGCCCCUCCCCCAUUUCAAUCUCCAGCAGUGAAACUAGCAGCAUCAUGCAGAAACUGAAGAAAAUGAGAAGCCGCAUGGAUGAAAAACACUGCUCUCCUGUUCACUACUUCUUCUCUGUCUUUACGUCUCAUCACUGGGCCUCUCUCAGUGUCUGUUUUCCCAACCUUCAUCCCAAAUUCCAGCUGUAUAUCUACAACCAGUUGGUCAGGUUUCUGACAAAGCGGGAGCAAAAACUAAUGCAGCGGCGACAACAUGCAGAAGAGCUACUAGAGUGGAAGCGACGUUUAGAUGCAGAGGAAGCAGAAAUUCGUCAAAUGGAAAAACAAGCUUUGGCUGCCUGGGACAAAGAAUUAAUAAAACCUAAAACUCCUAAGAAAGAACUGGACGACCAGAGAACAGAACAGAAAGGGAAAAGGAAAAAAAAUGAAGACUUCCCAAACGAAGUCUUCCACAGACAGCAGAUUGAAGAAGCUUUGGUGGUUGUUAUCUCAGAAGGUAGUGAUACAGAAAUAGCGAGUGAAGCAGAAUCUCCAUUCCCUUCCUACUCGCAUCCACACAGUGAAAGCUCUAUUCCAGAAGAACUGGGCAGCCCUGCCGGUGAAUAUGUACCAUCUGAGUCUGUCGUUCAGGAGCAGCCAGCAAGUCCAGACCAUAGUGUACUUACUGAAGACAUGGUUUUUUCACAAGAACUGGAAUCUUCUACUUCUCCUAGUAAACGUUCACCUCCCAAAAGCUGCACAUCUGUGUCAAAGCAGGAGUCCAGCAAAGGAAGCCAUAGGACUGGAGGACAGUGUCGCCUGCCUGUCAAGUCCCAUCAACACUGUUACAGUUGGUCAGAUGAGUCACUGUCUAUGACACAGUCAGAAACUACAUCUGACCAGAGUGACAUUGAAGGUAGGAUCAGAGCUCUGAAGGAUGAGCUGCGCAAAAGAAAAUCAGUUGUGGACCAGUUGAAGAAGGAACAGAAAAAACGACAAAAGGAAAGGCUGAAAGCCCAAGAAGCCAGUCUGAUCAAACAGUUAGAGUCAUAUGAUGAAUUCAUUAAGAAAACUGAAGCCGAGCUUAGCCGAGAUUUGGAAACAUCGCCAACAGCCAAACCUCAGAUUAAAACGCUCCCCUCAGCUUCUGAAAAGCCCAAGAUCAAACCCCUUCAACUCCAGAGAUCUGAAACAACAAAGAAUUGGAAAUCACUCACAGAUUCCGAACGUUCCAGAGGCUCCCUGGAGUCUAUCGCUGAGCAUGUUGAUGCUUCAUUGGCAGGUUCUGAGAGAUCAGUAUCAGAAAGGUCUUUAUCUGCAUGUGCAAAGAGAGUGAUUGAAUUGGACAGUCGAACAGAAGAACAUUUUCAGACUUCAUCUCCGAUUCUCAGAUCAUCAAGGAAAACCAGAGCAGAAUCUGGAGAUUCUCUAGACAAUGUACCUUUAUUACCUCUUUUCAAAGAAUUAAAUGCCCCUAAUAGAAUACUGGAUGUGUCAGAUGUCAAGGCUGAAGAAGAAGCUAGUCAAAAAUCAGAAAUACAAGAAGUAAAAUAUGCACAAUUGGAAGAGAGUGCGGUUGACGAAGCUUAUUUUAAACAAUCUAGGAAGUCUGAUGUGUUACUGAAACUAGAGCUGGAACAGGGAGAUUCGUCUAAAAUUCUUUCAAAGAAAGAUCUUCCUUUAGAGUCUAUAAAUGUUCAGAAAGACUUAGUUAGAUUCGCCAUUGAAAAUCUUCAUAAAACAGAGUUGAAAGAGGGGCAGUCAGAUCAAGAGACGGAUCAGAGUCAAAACAUCCAAUCAGACAAAGAUAUUCGCACGCAAAGGAACAUAAAGGAAAGGGACUCAUCUUUGUCAGAACAUCUUCUUGCUCCUAAAGAAACAUACUCUGAAGAUUUUGAAGUGUCUUCUUUCAAGAAGGACAUUUCAGCGAAAUUAUACAAAGAUGACUUUGAGGUAUUAUCUUUGUUGUCACUCAGGAAAGAUUCUCAGUCUUGCAGAGAGAAGUCACAGCCAACUAGGAGCUCUAGAAGUAGAGCCACUAACUUUGGGAGUGAUGAUGAAAUCAGUGAGUGCCUCAGUGAGAAGAGUCUUUCUAUUCAUAGCAAUAUCCACUCUGAAAGGCUGUUAGAACUCAAGUCCCCUACGGAGCUGAUGAAAAGCGAGGAACGCAGCGAUGUGGAGCAUGGACGGGAAGUUGCUGAACCCUCUUCCUUGGCUGCAGUCUCUGCUGCAAAUGAGUUACUUGACUUUCACGUUGGUGAUAGGGUGUUGAUUGGCAAUGUUCAGCCAGGAACUCUUCGAUUCAAAGGCAUGACUAGUUUUGCUCAAGGAUUUUGGGCUGGAGUGGAGUUGGAUAAACCUGAAGGAAAUAACAAUGGGACAUAUGAUGGCAUUGUAUACUUUGUGUGCAAAGAGAAACAUGGCAUUUUUGCUCCUCCUCAAAAAAUAUCUCACAUUCCAGAAAACUUUGAGGACUAUGUAGACAUAAAUGAAGACGAAGAUUCUUACUCAGACGAACAGUAUCAUUACUGUACUCAGGAACACAAAGAUACAGAGGGUCCCAUGUUUGAUAGAGAAAAGGAUGCAACUGAAUAUUCUCAUGAGAAAGCUCCACCUGGUGUGCACGACGUAGAAGCCUCUGCUGAUAGAAGCCCUAAAAUAGAAACAGCCAACAAACAGGACAUUUCUGGGGCACCUGGAGCCCACGUUCACCAGCAAUCUUCAGUGGAUUCACUGAUUUCUUCAAAAGAAAACAAAGACCUUGUUUCUGGUGCCUCAGAAAAGGCUUCCAUUGCUGUAGAAGAUGAUACUUUAGACAAUACCUUUUCUGAAGAAUUCAAGCAACAACAGUUUACAGAAGAGGAAGAGAACUUACAUCCCGAGGUUUCAGACAAGCUUUCUACCCCACUUUUGGACCUUUUAACAAGAGAAAAGAAUCAGUUGGAAGCCCAGCUGCGGUCAUCACUAAGCGAGGAAAACAAGUCACAGCAACAACUAGAAGCAGUUAGCUUCCUAACAGACAGUUUACUAAAAGUGUUUGUGACGGACACAGUCAGUCAACUACAACAAAUCAAAAAGGCUCGGAAUGAGAAAAUCCAGCUUAGCAAUCAAGAGCUUCUUGAUGAUGAUCAAAAGAAAGUACCACCCCAGGGCCUAUCCCAAAAUCUUGAGAAGCAGUCCCCAAGUGUUCCAGGUUGCUUCUUAAUGUCUGAGUUGGAAGAUGAAAAAGAAGAGAUAUCCUCACCAGAUCUGUGUCCCAGACCUGAGAGUCCGGUAUUUGGAGCCAGCGGGCAGGAAGAGCUCGCUAAGAGACUUGCUGAGCUUGAGAUCAGCCGGGAGUUCCUCAGCGUGUUAGGAGAUGAUCAAGACUGGUUUGAUGAAGACUUUGGUUUGAGCUCUUCUCACAAGAUCCAAAAAAAUAAGGCAGAAGAAACAAUUGUGCCUCUAAUGGCAGAACCUAAAAGAGCUCCCCCAAAGCCAUGUGAAACACUCUUGGCAGCCCCACACACUGCAGAGGAAGUGGAAGUUCUUGUACAUAAUGCAGCAGAAGAACUUUGGAAAUGGAAAGAAUUAGGUCAUGAUCUUCACAGCAUCAGUAUUCCUGCAAAACUGCUCGGCUGUGCCAGUAAGGGUCUAGAUAUAGAGAGCGCGAGUAAAAGGGUCUACACACAGGCGGUUUUUGAUUUAACAAAAGAGAUUUUUGAGGAAAUAUUUGCUGAGGAUCCCAACUUGAAUCAGCCUGUCUGGAUGAAGCCAUGCAGAAUCAACUCUAGUUACUUCCGACGAGUGAAAAAUCCCAAUAACCUUGAUGAAAUCAAGAACUUCAUAGCAACCGAAGUACUCAAGUUGUUCAGUCUUAAAAAGGAGCCAAACCACAAAACAGAUUGGCAGAAAAUGAUGAAAUUUGGAAGAAAGAAAAGAGACCGAGUGGAUCAUAUCCUGGUACAAGAGCUCCACGAAGAGGAGGCACAGUGGGUGAAUUACGAUGAGGAUGAGUUGUGUGUGAAGAUGCAGCUAGCUGAUGGGAUCUUUGAGACCUUGAUCAGAGAUACUAUUGACGUUCUGAAUCAGAUCAGUGAAAAACAGGGCAGAGUGCUACUUGUGUGACAUCUUGCAAAUAAAUCGAACACUGAGUGCUAAUAUGCGUCCUGGGCCUUUCUGCCUCCUGAUACUCACCCAUCUCCAUCCUAACAAGAAUGCUUUUGGACCUCGUACCUGUUCUUAAAGACUACAGGCUUGGAGUCCAUGGGACAAGCGGUAUAUCUGGUAUCACAGCCUUUGCCUGUAGAGACUGUCCACUGGCCAUAUUGGUUAUCGUCAGUGGGCAGGGUUGCACCCCUGAUGUUGACACACAGUGUAAUUCUACACCUCUUGUUAGCACCCCUACUGAGUCUCCGAUGAGGGCUGAAAACACCAGAUUUACCUCGUAGCUGAGACUAGGGUAGCACUUCCUUGAGUCUGAAGUCAGGCAGGAGAGGUAUAUAGAUAAAUGCAUUAUGCCAUUUUUGAAAUGUAAUCCUGGUCUGUUCCAUGAAAGUCGUAAAUGGACAUGAUAGUCUCUCAACAGUAUUAAACCCUUAACCACUUCAAAAUAGGCAGGUUUAAUGAUGCGUACCUGUGUCUCAUUCUGGAGUUCAUUUCUUUUCUUUUGGAAGACCAUUUUCUUCCAUUAUGGUAGCUGAGCAGCACCAGUGGACUGUCAAGUUCACAGAAAUCAGUGGUCGCCUUGCUUUCUGAGCACCGGCUGAAGAAUUUUAAACCUCUGCGUUAUUUUCAGUUUUCUCUAUAUGGGCAUGAAAGCAAAGAAAUGCCCCCACUAAAGACUGGGCGCAAAGGACUGGUGCAGGGCUGGUUCUUCUCCCCUUGUCUACCCCUGCACGUUGGUGACUCCUCUGAACCUCUGCCAGCUGCUCCCAGAUUCUCAGAUCCUCAGGACCACCUCAGCCAUCCAGGCACGGCAAAAGUGGAGAUAAUUCAUUUUGGCCUUCACACUGUCAGCUCCCAUCUCUCCCCAGGAUGUCAGAGACGCUGUUACUUGAAUGAUUUCGGAAAUGAGUGUGUGCACCAAAGACAAGAAGAUAUUGUCUAUUAUUUGUGUGCUUGUUUUGUGCUAUGGAACAUUUUUUAAUUUAUUUUAAGAUAAAUUAUUAAGUUGAAAAUGUGUGUCCCUAUUCAGAAGUGAGAGAUUCUUGUAAUAGUUAUACUUCCGUCUUGAAGCUUCUAUGGUCAUGGUCUUUGCACAGGAAACCUACGGUUUUAACAAACCCAGACACAGCGAAGAAGGCAGUUUAAUUCAGUGAAAAGAAGAUGGGUUUUUCCAAGGUUAUCUGCAGGAGCAGCAAUGGGAUAAAACAAUGUAAAGACACUGUAACAUUCAACUCUUCCUCUCAGCAGCACUGCUUCUCACAACUAUUACCUGUAUCUGCAAAAACACAUAGACUCCAGCUGCUACGUGAGAGCACAAGUGAAGCUCUCCUGGGACCUCAUCCCUGCCUUCUUGACUGGUUUCUCUUAAUCAGUUCUAUCCUUCUCCACGUAAUCUAGAAGAAUGGAUAAUCUUAGGCGUGAAUGUAAAUGCCUUAAUAUUGGAGGUCCUGAUUAGAAGCAUGAUACAAGACAUCCACUGGAUUCAUAUUUACAAAUAUUCUGGAAUGUUAUAGCUUCAAAAAAUAUGUUAGAAAAACCCCAAAGAUGGUAUAAUUUUUAAGUGUGCACGUUCGUUCAUUUCUGCAUCUUUCCUCCAACUUGCCUUUGCGUCUCAGAUGUUUCACUAUGCACACUGUCAUCCCUCUUUGGUUUCAUCUUGUCAUUACGAGAAACUUACUGAAAUGAUCAUUUGAAUAUUUGCAUUUUGCACAAUGACUGGUAUGAUAGCUCUUGACAAAUAAGGAAAGCACUGAAAUGUGAUUGGGUCUCAGGAAAUGCUCGGGUUAAUGUACUGCCAGCAUUUCUUCUGGGCGUUUGAUGUUGAGCUCUGGUCUCGUAGCCAUAAUGAGCAAAUUGACUAAGAGCAGCUAGGGUUUCUUGGGGUGAUUAACCAGUAGAGUGGAGAUAGUAUUUUCACGUGGCCAAGGAAAAGCCAAGGCUUUUCUUUUCAGUUUGUGUUAUUUGGCAGACAGAAAAACAUCUUGUCUACAUCCUUUGGCUGUUUGUAGGAUUACAUUGUCCUUAUGAUACUGAAACUUUACAGCUGCUGUAAAUUUUUUAUAAAUGAAUAUGAAAAUAAUAUAAUAGGAAUAUAGGUUGUUUUUCUACAUCCUCAUUAUUUGGACCUAAAUCAAUUUUUAAUAAAAAAGUUUAUCUUUAUUCUUUAUGACAUUAUGAUUCCAGAAAAGGAAAGGAAUGCUGUAAGUCCAUGGAACCAGCAGUCUGGACUUGUCUUCUGUUAAGAAUGUGGCGGCAGCCCUCACAUGCUCCAUCUGUCUUUACUGUCCUAAGAAUUCUUCCGGGUUCCACAUGAGGCAGGAAGUUGUCAGUCUUACUCCUUGCUAGAAAUGAUUAUUCAUAGUUUGGUAGCAGAAAACAAAGGAAUCUAUAGCUAGCAGAUUUCUUAUUAUUUUAACUAUUUGGAUAAAUUUGAAAGAGGUUUAUUGUUAGGAUUUGGAAUGAUAAAUAUGGACACCCAGCCACUUGUUCCUUAUUAGGAUCUUUUUAAUCAAGCUCUGCCUCUUAACCAAGAAUCUAAAUAUUUCCUCUUUGUAAUCUUUGUUCCUUCUCCCCACACGCCCAUCCUCUUUCUUCAUAAUUCCUCUAAGAAAAAGAUCUUUGCAUCAGCAGUAAUAUCUUUUAGAAUAGCACUCAGAAUUUAGUAGUAAACCAACAUAUCGGCUUCAGAUUUAUUUCUGAGUCCAAAAUAAUUUGUGCUAUCCAGGGUACUUAACUCUGGGUUAAAUAAAUACAGGGUAUAGAUUCCCUCUUCAGGUCUAAACAGGAAUUUUUACUCUAGGGAAAAGUGGGAAGAGCUCAAAAGUAGUUAAUAAGGAAGGCAAUUUGUUUUUCUUUUACCUAAAAGAAAAAAUUCCUUCUGUGACUACAGGUCUCUGAGAAAUUACCUUUCAGAAGAGAUUUCAUUGCUCAUAAGAGUGUUGUGGCCUAUUGAUAAAAACAGUUUUGUUCACUUUCUUGUCUUGAAAAAAAGUGGCCUUAGCUUUUUGCAAUACUUGAAUAAAGUGUGUACUCGCACAGCAUUAGAGACUCGUAACUUUUCUGCAAGAAGUUCCAACUUACAUCUUCUUUUACUACCUUAAGAAUACUAGUGAAUAAAACAGUAAUUCAAAGAGCAAAUGAUAGAAACUACAAUGGUGUUUCAUGCAAAUUGUAGAAAUUUACAUGUUUACAAAUCAUCUUAAACUGGUUGUGCAGCAAUUCAAUAAAAUAUCUUUGUAUUAUAAAAAUGUGAAGAAAAAAAUGUAAACUGAUGUAAAGGAGGUACUGUCAUUUUAAUUAACCUAUGUUGGAUAGCUUUUCCUCCCAGACUUUGCAAAGCCUUCUUGGGAAACACAUUGCAAAGUGUUCUCUGGGAGGCCCGGCCUCCGUGUGUGUACUGUAUUGUGCAGACAUGAAAAACAAACCCGUUUACUGUGUGUGUGUAAAUAGCCUGGUCUUCAGGCCAUUUUCAGCCAAUAGUCACAUCCAGUGCAACUUUGCACAGAAGACUUAGGGUGUGAUUUGUAAGUAUGAUCUGUAAAAUAACUGGGAUGAAUUCCCAUGUAUACCUGUGUAAAUAGAUUUGUUAACUGAAAUGUACUUUAAGAAAAGAUAAAAAAUCUGUAAAUAAACUGAUUUAUAAAUU